CGGGUGGGAAGCGCCUUGUCUCCCUGCAGCCAAUCGAAGGGCAGGGACACGCCUCGGCCGCAAACCCCAAGCCCGGCCCGGCGUUUUCUUGCAACAUGCAGCGAGCGAGCGGCAGGAAGCGGGCGGCUCCGGCUUGCUGACCCUGCGCUUCUCCCUUCGCUUCGGCCGAGCGGCUGGCAGCCAUGGACACCCCCUGGAAGCGCUGCGGGGCCCUCUACAACUUCCUCUUCGAGUACGACACCCCGAGGAUCGUGUCCAUCAAGAGCCGCAAAGUGGGGUUCAUGAACCGGUUGGUCCAGCUGGCUAUUUUGGCCUACGUCAUCGGUUGGGUCUUUGUUUGGGAAAAAGGCUACCAAGAAACCGACUCGGUGGUGAGCUCGGUAACCACCAAGGUGAAAGGUGUCACCAUGACCAACACCUCUGACUUGGGACCCCGGGUUUGGGAUGUGGCGGAUUACGUGAUUCCAUCUCAGGCUGAGAACUCGGUUUUCAUCAUGACAAAUAUGAUCGUCACGCUGAAUCAGACCCAGGGGCUUUGUCCAGAGCUCCCAGAUAAGACCACCAUGUGCAAGUCAGAUGCAGACUGCGAAAAAGGCUAUGUCGGCACGCACAGCAAUGGUAUUCAGACUGGAAAAUGCAUAGUGUACAACCAUACAAAUCCCCCCAUUAAGACUUGCGAGGUUUUUGCUUGGUGUCCAGUGGAGAAUGAUGAAAACUUACCCAAGCCAGCUUUCUUGCGGGAUGCUGAGGAAUUUACCCUUCUUGUGAAGAACAAUAUUUGGUACCCAAAGUUCAACUUUACGAAGAGAAACAUUCUUCCCACCAUCAAUUACACCUACCUCAAGAACUGUAAAUACAACACCAAGACUGAUCCCUUUUGCCCGAUUUUUCGCCUCGGGGACGUAGUUGAAGCCGCUGGCCAGAACUUCCAAGAGAUGGCCAUUGAGGGUGGCGUGAUGGGCCUGCAGGUCCGAUGGGACUGCAACUUGGAUAACUCGGCUUCCCACUGCGUGCCGAAGUAUUCCUUUCGGCGAAUUGACAACAAGGAUUCUGCUCAUUCCGUUUCCCCAGGAUACAACUUCAGGUUUGCAAGAUACUACCGAACCUCUCCCAACAAUGAAUAUCGGACACUCAUCAAGGCUUAUGGCAUACGCUUUGACAUUAUGGUGUUUGGCACGGCUGGAAAGUUUGAUAUCAUCCCUACUAUGAUCAAUAUUGGAUCUGGCUUGGCCCUGUUUGGCGUGGCCACUGUCCUCUGUGAUAUCAUUGUCCUGUAUUUUAUGAAGAAAAGAUACUACUACAGAGAGAAGAAAUACAAAUACGUGGAAGAUUACGAAUUGCAGGGAGACCACCCGUCAUAUGGAUCCCAGACAGAAGUUCAAGACUGCUCCACAAUGCGAUGAUUCUUCGCAAACAGGUCCUGUUCAUUUCACCCAGCCGAGGAGCAGAUCUGUUUUUCUUCUGCCCCUCCUGGGCUCCGUCCAGGUUUGCUUCUGUUGGGUGGCCUCCUGGAUCAACCUCGAGGCUCCCCCAAGGAAAGGAACGUUCUCCUGAAAAACCUUCAGUGCUUUUUGGGUGCAGGGUCUGCCAAGCUUUGAAUAGUCCAAGGUAAUUUUGCAUCGGAUAUUCUACGUGCCUUUCCCACCGUCCAGUUGAUGGACAGAUGGGGUGCAGGCAGAGAUGUUGGGACCAAGGAACUUCUUUGAUAUUCCUAGAAUUGCCAAUUUCUGAUGUGCUUCCCUUUGUUACGUAUCACACCUCUCUUCAUUCGGAAAGGGUGGAAAGAUACCCCUUGUUUAGACACUUGUCUUCCAUGGUCAUCCUUUUUUUUAAAAAAGGCCCACUUGGUGCAAUUUGCAGUCUCUAUUUUUAAAAUUAAGCGGAUCUUGAGAAUUCCCUCUCGACACUCAUUCCAACCUGGAAAUCCCCAGGAUCUGAAUGCGACAUGCGGGCGUGUCAGCCUCUCCCUCUCCAGCUUCUACUAUUGAAUUGCUACUGCUCUGUUUAUAUCCACUGAAAUUUGUUUGUUUGUUUUGUUUGUUUGUUUUAUUUGAUUUGUAUACUGCCCUUAUAAAUUUAUAUAAAUUAUAUAAAUUUAUAUAAAUUAUAUAAAUUUAUAUAAAUUUAUAUAAAUUUAUAUAAAUUUAUAUAAAUUUAAUAUAUAAAUGAAAAGAUAAUGGCACUUUACCUCUUUUAGGAGUAUCGAUGAGAAUAAUCUAUUUUGCCAAGAGAAAAUAAAGGCACUGGGAAAUACGAUUUCUGUUGCUUUUUUUUCCUUCAUGUUAGUGAAUGGUUGAGUUUGAAAAUAACAGUAUCAACAAAAUAUCCCCAUAGUCAGAGAGGGAUGGAGGGAGAAGGAAGGAAGGAAGGAGAGAGAGAAAGAAAGCGACAGAAAGAAAAGGAAUGGAAAAAGGAAAGGA